CCUGGUGGAGGACAUGUCCAUGAUGACCCACCUCAACGAAGCCUCGGUCCUACACAACCUUCGUCAACGCUACGCCCACUGGAUGAUCUAUACUUACUCAGGCUUGUUUUGUGUCACCAUCAAUCCCUACAAGUGGCUUCCGGUCUACACUGCCCCUGUGGUAGCUGCUUACAAGGGCAAGCGUCGCACGGAGGCGCCCCCCCACAUCUACUCUGUGGCAGACAACGCCUACCACUCCAUGCUGCAGAAUCGAGAAAACCAGUCCAUGCUUAUCACCAAUUUUUGGCAACCAAGACUGGGGGAACCCUCGAAGAUCAAAUCAUCGAAGCCAACCCAGCUUUGGAGGCCUUUGGGAAUGCCAAGACCCUGAGGAAUGACAAUUCCUCCCGUUUUGGAAAGUUCAUCCGGAUCCACUUUGGACCAUCAGGAAAGCUGGCGUCUGCCGAUAUCGAUAGUUACCUCCUGGAGAAAUCCCGAGUGAUCUUCCAGCUGCCUGGGGAACGAGGCUAUCAUAUCUAUUACCAGAUUCUGUCGGGGAAGAAACCAGAGCUGCAGGAUAUGCUGCUGCUCUCUCUGAACCCCUAUGACUACCACUUCUGCAGCCAGGGCGUCACAACUGUGGACAAUAUGGAUGACGGACAAGAGCUGAUCGCAACUGAUCAUGCCAUGGACAUUCUGGGCUUCAGUGUGGAUGAAAAAUGUGCCUGCUACAAAGUAGUGGGGGCUCUGAUGCACUUCGGCAACAUGAAAUUCAAGCAGAAGCAGCGGGAGGAGCAGGCAGAGGCUGACGGCACUGAAAGUGCAGAUAAGGCUGCCUACUUGAUGGGAAUUAGCAGUGGGGACCUCCUAAAGGGGCUGCUGCACCCUCGAGUCAAAGUGGGAAAUGAGUUUGUGACCAAGGGACAAAGUGUGGAGCAGGUGGUGUUUGCCGUGGGGGCUCUGGCUAAAGCUACGUACGACCGGCUCUUUAGAUGGUUGGUCAUGCGUAUUAACCGAACCCUGGACACCAAGCUGGCCCGGCAGUUCUUCAUUGGGGUGCUAGACAUCGCUGGCUUUGAGAUCUUUGAGUUUAACUCCUUCGAGCAGCUGUGCAUCAAUUUCACCAAUGAGAAGCUCCAGCAGUUCUUUAACCAGCACAUGUUCGUGCUAGAGCAAGAGGAGUAUCGCCGGGAGGGCAUUGAGUGGGUGUUCAUUGACUUUGGCCUUGACCUACAGCCCUGCAUUGACCUCAUUGAGAAGCCGAUGGGAAUCCUCUCCAUCCUAGAGGAGGAGUGCAUGUUUCCCAAGGCCUCUGACGUGAGCUUCCGGGCCAAGCUCUACGACAACCACGCUGGGAAAUCGCCCAACUUCCAGAAGCCUCGGCCAGACAAGAAGCGCAAAUAUGAAGCACACUUUGAGAUCGUGCACUACGCCGGUGUGGUCCCCUACAGCAUCGUUGGGUGGUUAGAGAAGAACAAGGACCCACUGAAUGAGACAGUCGUCCCCGUCUUCCAGAAGUCCCAGAACAAACUGCUGGCUUCCCUCUAUGAGAGCUACUCUGCCUCUACCACUGCUUCGGCUGAGGGCCCCAAAUCUGGGGUGAAGGAAAAACGGAAGAAGGCGGCAUCGUUUCAGACGGUGUCCCAGGUGCACAAGGAAAACCUCAAUAAACUGAUGACCAACCUGCGGGCCACCCAGCCACAUUUUGUCCGGUGCAUUGUCCCUAAUGAGACCAAGACGCCAGGAGUCAUGGAUGCCUUCCUGGUACUACAUCAGCUUCGCUGCAAUGGGGUUCUAGAGGGAAUCCGCAUCUGCCGCCAGGGUUUCCCCAACCGCCUGCUUUACAUGGACUUCCGACAGCGGUAUCGCAUCCUGAAUCCCAGCGCUGUCCCCGAUGACACCUUUGUGGACAGCAGGAAGGCCACCGAGAAGCUCCUCGGCUCACUGGACAUUGACCACACACAGUACAAGUUUGGUCACACUAAGGUGUUUUUCAGGGCUGGGCUGCUGGCCGUGCUGGAGGAACUUCGGGAUGAGCGCCUGGCCAAGAUCCUGACCUUGCUGCAGGCCAGGAUCCGUGGCCACCUCAUGCGCAUUGAGCAUCAGCACAUGAGAGGGGGAAGGGAUGCCCUCUACACCAUCCAGUGCAAUAUCCGGGCCUUUGCGGCUGUGAAGAACUGGUCCUGGAUGAAGCUCUUCUUCAAGAUGAAGCCCCUGUUGCGCUCAGUGCAGGCUGAGGAGGAGCUGGGCGCCCUGCGGGCUGAGCUCCGGGGGCUGCGGAACUCCCUGUCUGAGGCCGAGGCCAAGAGACAGGAGCUGGAGGAGAAGCACAUCAGCAUUGCCCAGGAGAAGAAUGAUCUGGCUCUGCAGCUGCAGGCGGAGCAGGACAACCUAGCAGAUGCAGAGGAGCGCUGUGACCUUCUGAUCAAGUCCAAGGUGCAGCUGGAGUCCAAGGUGAAGGAGCUGAGUGAGCGGCUGGAGGAUGAGGAGGAGACAAACUCUGACCUUACUGCAAGGAAACGACAUCUGGAGGAUGAGUGUACCGAGCUCAAAAAGGACAUCGACGAUCUGGAGCUGACCCUGGCCAAAGUGGAGAAGGAGAAGCAUGCCACAGAGAAUAAGGUGAAGACCUUGGUGGAAGAGAUGGCAGGGCGGGAUGAAACGAUUACCAGGCUGACCAAGGAGAAGAAAGCCCUGCAGGAAGCCCAUCAGCAAGGGCUGGAUGACUUGCAGACUGAGGAAGACAAGGUCAACACUCUGAGCAAAGCGAAGGUCAAGCUGGAGCAGCAGCUGGAUGAUCUGGAAAGCUCCCUGGAACAAGAGAAGAAAAUGCGCCUGGAUGUGGAAAGGGCCAAGCGGAAGCUAGAGGGGGACCUGAAACUCACCCAGGAGUCAGUGGCAGAUGGAGAGCGUGACCGGCGGCAGCUGGAGGAAAAGCUCAAAAAGAAGGACUUUGAGAUGAGCCAACUCAACUCUCGAAUUGAGGACGAACAGGUGCUGGGAGCCCAGCUGCAGAAAAAGAUCAAGGAACUACAGUCCCGCGGAGAGGAGCUGGAGGAGGAGCUGGAGGCCGAGCGGGCAGCCCGCGCUCGCGUGGAGAAGCAGCGGGCGGAGAGCGCGCAGGAGCUGGAGGAGCUGAGCGAGCGGCUGGAGGAGGCGGGGGGCGCCUCGGCCGGGCAGCGGGAAGGCAGUCGGAAGCUGGAGGCGGAGCUGGGCCGGCUGCGGCGGGAGCUGGAGGAGGCCACGCUGAGGCACGAGGCCACGGCGGCGGCCCUGCGCCGGAGGCAGGCGGACAGCACCGCCGAGCUGGGCGAGCACAUCGACAACCUCCAGCGCGCCCGGCAGAAGCUGGAGAAGGAGAAGAGCGAGCUCAGGAUGGAGGUGGACGACCUCAGCGCCAACGUGGAGGCCCUGACCCGGAGCAAGACCAACACAGAGAAGCUCUGUCGGGCCUCAGAGGAUCAUCUGAGCGAAGCCAAGGUCAAGAUCGAUGAGCUGCAGAGGCAGCUGGCCGACGUGACCGCCCAGCGGGGGAGACUGCAGACUGAGAAUGGAGAAUUGAGCCGGCUGCUGGAGGAGAAGGAGUCUCUGAUCAGUCAGCUAAGCCGCGGGAAGAUCUCGGUGACCCAGAGCCUAGAGGAGCUGAGGCGGCAGCUGGAGGAGGAGACCAAGGCGAAGAGUGCGCUGGCCCACACGGUGCAGGCGUCUCGGCAUGACUGCGAGCUGCUCAGGGAGCAGCACGAGGAAGAGGCGGAGGCGCAAGCCGAGCUGCAGCGGCUCCUGUCCAAGGCCAACGCCGAGGUGGCCCAGUGGAGGAGCAAGUACGAGGCGGAUGCCAUCCAGAGGACCGAGGAGCUGGAGGAGGCCAAGAAGAAGUUGGCGGCCAGGCUUCAGGAGGCCGAGGAGGUUGCAGAGGCAGCCCACGCGCGGUGCUCGUCCCUGGAGAAGGCCAAGCUGCGGCUGCAGACGGAGGUGGACGAUGUGAGCCUGGAGCUGGAGCGCUCCACCUCGGCAGCAGCCGCCCUGGACAAGAAGCAGCGCCUUCUGGAGCGGGCCCUGGAGGAACGGAGGCGUCAGGAGGAGGAGACUCAGCGGGAGCUGGAGGCCGCCCAGAGAGAGGCCAGGAGCCUGGGCUCGGAGCUCUUCAGACUCCGGCACAGUCAUGAGGAGGUGCUCGAAGCCCUGGAGACUCUCAAAAGGGAGAAUAAGCACCUCCAGGAGGAAAUCAGUGACCUCACUGACCAGAUCAGCCUCAGUGGGAAGAAUUUGCAGGAGCUGGAGAAAGUGAAGAAAGCACUGGAAGGAGAGAAGAGUGAGCUCCAGGCCGCGCUGGAGGAAGCUGAGGGGGCCUUGGAGCUGGAGGAGACAAAGACUCUGCGGAGCCAGCUGGAACUGUCUCAGGUGAAGGCUGACAUGGACCGCAAGCUGGCAGAGAAGAAUGAAGAGAGUGAGAACCUCAGGCGCAAUCACCAGCGCACAGUGGAAUCCCUGCAGGCGUCGCUGGAUGCUGAGGGCCGGGCGCGGAACGAGGCACUGAGGCUUAAAAAGAAGAUGGAAGGGGACCUGAACGAGCUGGAGCUGCAGCUGGGUCACGCGACCCGCCAGGCCAGCGAGGCCCACGCAGCUACUCGCCUGCUGCAAGGCCAGCUCAAGGAUGCCCAGGUGGCCCAGGACGAGGCACAGCGUGUGGCCGGGGAGCUUCGGGAACAGGCCCAGGCCUUGGAGCGUAGGAAUGGGCUGUUGCUGGCAGAGCUGGAGGAGCUCCGGGCAGUGCUGGAGCAGGGCGAGAGGGCCCGCAGACUAGCUGAGCAAGAGCUGCUUGAGGCCACUGAGAGGAUCAACCUACUGCACUCCCAGAACACAGGCCUGGUCAGCCAGAAGAAGAAAUUAGAGGCUGAUGUGUCACAACUCAGUAGCGAGGUAGAAGAGGCCGUGCAGGAAAGCCGUGAAGCUGAGGAGAAGGCGAAGAAAGCCAUCACUGACGCUGCUAUGAUGGCUGAGGAGCUGAAGAAGGAACAGGAUACCAGUGCCCACUUGGAGCGGAUGAAAAAGACACUGGAGCAGACAGUGAGGGAGCUACAGGUUCGGCUGGAUGAAGCUGAGCAGGUGGCCCUCAGGGGUGGCAAGAAGCAGGUCCAGAAGUUGGAAGCAAAGGUACGGGAACUGGAGCUGGAGUUGGAUGGGGAACAGAAGAAGAACGUGGAGGCCCAGAAAGGCAUUCGCAAACAUGAGCGCCGAGUGAAGGAGCUCACCUAUCAGGCUGAGGAAGACAGGAAAAACCUGGCGCGGAUGCAGGACCUUAUUGAGAAGCUACAGAGCAAAGUCAAGAGCUAUAAGCGCCAGUUUGAGGAGGCGGAGCAACAGGCCAAUUCCAACCUGGUGAAAUAUCGGAAGGCUCAGCACGAGCUCGACGAUGCAGAGGAACGGGCAGACAUUGCAGAAACCCAGGUUAACAAGCUCCGGGCUCGCACUCGGGAUGCCCUGACCCCGAAGCAUAAAGAGUGAAGGCACGGAGGCCCACGAGCCCUUAGAGGCCUACGAUCUGAAGAGAAGUGGUUGCUGCAACAGCACCAUGGACCCCUGACUCACUGCUUCCUUAUCCUAUCUGGAGGACCUUCAACUCCAUAACUUACCAUAAUUUUCCCUCCAAUCCCUUCAAAUUUCCCAAAUAAAUGCAACUUUCUCAAACCCAGAAUGCUUCUCGUUCCUUUUGCUUGAGGGAAGGGGAGACUAAGAGUAAUGAAGAACCUGAGGGUUGGACUCAGGCCCCCGGGGAAAAUCUGUACAAAGGGAGGAAAACUGGGCCUAGAGCACAUCCCUAGUCUAUCCAGUCUCCCAGAGCCUAGCAUUGCUUACCCAAACAAAGGUCAGUUCCACACCCCUCACUUAAAAUACUUUAAUACUCUCCAUCUAAUAAUCAGUUUAUUUGCUGUUAAUAAAUUGGCAAUACUGUGGUGCGGUCCUCAUCCUUGGGGAAGGGGAAGAGCUUUUCCAGGGAGAGCUGAUCUGUGUGGGGCGACUGGGGGCGAAGUCCCUCAGAGGAAGGACUGAGUCAUUCAAGGGAUACAACUCCAUGACAAUUGAAUUUAAAGAAGACAACCUUUUUCCUUUCCCAGACCUAUUGGCAGAACUCCAGGGAGCAUGGGGCUGUUGGACCAAGGCAUUGGGACCCAGCCCUCCCUGGGGAAGAUACCCAGCUCUGCUGGGGGCAGCUCCCUUGAGUC